GUAAUCAGCCUGCACAUCCCACGGCCCUCCCCCGCACACACACACCAUGUCCGCACUCACCGCCACGGCAAGCCUGAUCGAAGUGCUCUCUGCCUACCACGAGCUCAACAGCUCUGGUGUCGAAGAGCGAUCCGGCGAGCCAACACCUUUGGAGUUCUCGCGAGGCGUGCGACAGAACUUUCCCGUUGUAUUCCGUGGCGCAGUGUCGCACUGGAAGGCGGUGACAAAUUGGAGAGCGGCGUACCUACGUGACACCAUGGGCUCGGAGAGUAUUGCGGUCGCCGAGACGCCGUUGGGAAAUGCAGAUUCUGCGGUAGUCCGGGAGGAGGACGGCAAGCGGUACUUUGUCAAGCCGCACGAGAGGCAGAUGCCGUUCGGGGAAUUCCUGGACGACUUGCAGGCGAAAGUAACGUCCGAGUCCGAGUCCGCCAUGGUGAGGUACGCGCAGUCACAGGAUGAUAACCUGCUCCGCGAGUUUGCGCCGCUCGCGGCAGACGUCGGCAGAGAUAUCCCGUGGGCGUCGGAAGCGCUGGGGCAGCAGCCCGACGCCGCAAACGUCUGGAUCGGCAAUGAGCGCAGCGUGUCCGCGCUGCAUAAGGAUAAUUACGAGAACCUUUUCUGCCAGAUCUCGGGAUAUAAACGAUUCGUCUUGAUUUCUCCAUACGAGGCCAUAUGCGUCCGGGAGACAUCGUUGCAGGCGGCAACAUACGUCCCCAACCCGCAUACGCAGCGGCUGGCUAUCGUCCCCGAUGAGCCGGCUAGCGAGGUACUAUUCUGGCCAACCGUGGAUCCAGACUCACCUCCCGGCACCGCAUGGUGGAGGUACUGCCGCCCGAUGGAGGUAGAACUAGCGCCUGGUGAUGUUCUAUACCUCCCCGCGAUGUGGUACCAUAAAGUCUCGCAACGCGGCUCCGACGAGGGCCUGUGCUGCGCCGUUAAUUACUGGUACGAUAUGGAGUUCGGGGGCGCUUUCUACCCCGGUGUGAGCUUUGCGAGGCAGAUGACGCAGAUGGCACAACAGGAGGAGGAGGAGGAGGAGGAGGAGGAGGAGGCUGAGAUGUGGCGCACUCAAGCAUGGUGAGUGCGAUGGCCCGAUGGGCGUUGCGG